UCGAACACUACUGGCAAUAUAAAGCAGUUAUUCAGGCCAGGCUGAAAGUUGAUGUAUAUUUUCAGAACUUACCAUCAAUCAACACAUUGAAGGCAGGAUUGUAAAGCGAGCUAUGGCGAGAUAUUUUAAACAUAGCUUCAGAAAUCUUUCCAGAUUAAGUCUAUGUCGAUGGUAUUCACAGAGUCAGAAGGUUGAAGGAAUGAUUGAUCAACUCACUUCAAUUGUCGGCCCGAAAAACAUCUCCAGCUCACAAGCAGUCAGAGAGCAACAUGGAAAGGACGAAUCACAUCACAGUAUUCAGUCACCUGACCUCGUGGUAUGGCCUGGCAGCACAGAGGAGGUCAGCGGUGUUGCAAGGUUGUGUAACCAACACAAAGUUGCGAUGAUACCGUUUGGGACUGGGACAGGCGUGGAAGGCGGUGUUGUCGCGUCUGAGGGUGGUGUUUGUAUUGAUCUUACAAGAAUGGACGAAGUAACGAGUGAGAAUCAUGCUGAUAUGGACGUGACCGUCGAGCCUGGGGUCACCAGAAAAUAUUUAAAUACAUAUCUCAGAGAUUCUGGUCUCUGGUUCCCUGUUGAUCCAGGCGCUGAUGCAUCGUUGUGUGGUAUGGCAGCGACCGGCGCGUCUGGGACGAAUGCUGUGAGGUAUGGAACAAUGAAACACAAUGUUUUGAACCUUGAAGUUGUCUUGGCUGAUGGGACGAUUGUGGACACCGCAGGACAUGGGAGACGUGCAAGAAAAAGUUCGGCAGGUUAUAACUUGACAAAUCUAUUCGUUGGUUCCGAAGGAACUCUUGGAAUCAUUACAAAAGCAACUCUGAAGGUGUUUGGGAUCCCGGAAUCGGCUUUGUCUGCUGUGUGUUGCUUUGAAAACAUCAAAUCUGCCGUUGAUAGCGUGGUGGAAAUCAUGUCAUUUGGUAUUCCCAUUGCAAGGAUAGAAUUACUCGACGAAGUGAUGAUGGACGCGUUCAACAAAUAUUCAAAUGAACUCAGCUAUAAAGUCGCACCGAGUCUUUUUCUGGAGUUCCACGGAGGACAGGAGGAGAUUGAACGUCAAGGAAAAAUGACAGGUGAGAUUGUCCAGAGUAAUGGAGGCUCUGAUUUCGUGUGGUCUACAGACGCCGAGGAAAGAAAUAAAUUAUGGCAAGCGAGACAUGAAGUAUUAUACGCCGGGCUUAAUUUAAGACCAGGAUGCAAGGGCUUAACAACCGAUGUUUGUGUUCCUAUAUCAAGUCUGCCUGAGAUUAUUACGAAAACGAAAGAGGACAUUAAAGAACUUUCAUUGAUUGCACCAUUGGUGGGCCAUGUUGGAGAUGGAAAUUUUCAUCUUCUGGUUUUGUUUGAUCCAAAUGACGAGGAGGAGACGUCCCGAGCAAAUGAUCUUAGCAAAAGAGUAGCCAGACACGCUCUAUCGUUACAUGGUACGUGCACUGGGGAACAUGGUAUUGGAAUGGGAAAAAUAGGAUUACUGGAAGAGGAAUUUGGAAGUUCAGGUAUUGGAGUGAUGAAGAGCAUUAAGAAAACUCUUGAUCCAAAUAACAUCAUGAAUCCUGGGAAAAUAUUUCAGCUUUGAAGCAUUUCUGGCGUAUCUUAUUGCCAUAUUAUCUUCACAAAAAUAUUUGUGAAGUAAAUACUACGCUAAAUACUCCGACAUUUGAUGUUACUAUUUUAAAAAAAUAAACAUUUGUAAACUUUAAACAUUGUAACAAAUCCCAAUAGAAAUGUUGGUUUUGUAUCAAAUUUUUUUCCGUAUUUUGAAAUUAUAUUCA